UCCACCUCCCCCUUCGCCGGGCCCGGUCGGUUCGUGAUUCAGCUGAAGAGCUGUGCCCCUCUCCGGUCAGACAGCAUCUCCUGACCCCCGCUGGAUGCCCGAUCUCCGCCUGUGCGGGUGGAGGAGGCCCUGCUUGAGCGGUGAGGAACGGCACAGCCCUGCCCUGUCCCGGUGCCCUUUCCCCGUUGCAGUCCCCGACAGAAACGCUGCUCCACGGCAGGCCACUUCUGCAGGGGCACCCGUGGGUCCUGCUGGCCUGGCGGGUGUUUCUGUCUGGUACUUGAAGAUCGCGGAUCAGUGCUGAAAAUCUGUGGGCCAGUAUUUUUUCAAGAAGGAAAAAAAAAAAAGUACUAAUAACGAGCAUCACUUCAUUUUGUUAUAAAAUCAGUUUUGCUUGCCGUUGAAAGGCCGAAAAUGCAUCAGCAGAAAGGAAUUCGGAGUACAGGUGGCAUCCGUAGAAUUAUGCGUGGGCCACAAUUCAUCAAAAGCAGAGAAACAAAGACCCCCCAAUUAAAGCAUUUAGAAUGAACUUAGGUUCAUAUAUUGACUAGAAUAAAAUAAAUAAACCAAGGCUUUUUUUUAUCUGGGAAUCAGUGGGCUUAGUUGUGAAACUAGAACUGUGAUCUUUUUGAUGAAAAGGCCCCAUCCCCUUGUGUCCUACCUAACAGAUUUUCUUAGCAGUCGGUCAAGCUUGCUUUGGCUGUCAUAAUGACAUGCAAUCUGCUGGAUUUCUUAGUAUGCCUGAAUAUAGGAAGGAAAUACUUAGCAAUGGAUCUGGUUCUGUAGGGCUCAUUUAUAUUUUCAGGAGUAGGCUCUUUAUAGAGGUAUUCACACUAACAUCUGUGUAGCAAAUAAUGAUGCUAAUGUGUGUUUGCUGUUGUUGGAAUUUUUUUUUCUUAUAGGGCACAACUAUCUUCUCUCACUUGUGUAUCUCUGAGAGUCUAAAACACAAUUUCUUGACUUUAUAGCUAAUUGUUUUGUAUCAACUCGGGUAACUCUAAUGGUUUUGUUCAUCUUUUUUGUGUAUGCUGCUUUGAUAUAUGUUUCUCACCUCCAUUUUAGGAUUAUGCUAAGGAAAGAUAUGGAGUGUCAUCAAUGAUACAAUCCCAAGAGAAACCAGAUAGAGUUUUGAUUCGAAUAAAAGACUUGACAGUGGAGAAGGCUGAUGAAGUGGUUUGGGUUCGUGGCAGAAUUCAUACAAGCAGAGCUAAAGGGAAGCAGUGUUUCUUAGUCCUGCGUCAGCAGCAGUUUAAUAUCCAGGCUCUUGUGGCUGUGGGACAGCAUGCAAGCAAGCAGAUGGUAAAGUUUGCUGCCAACAUCAACAAAGAGAGCAUUGUGGAUGUAGAAGGCGUUGUGAGGAAAGCACAUCAGAAAAUAGGAGGUUGUACUCAGCAAGAUGUUGAGCUUCACGUUCAAAGGAUCUAUGUGAUCAGUUUAGCUGAACCCCGCCUGCCUUUACAGCUGGAUGAUGCUGUUCGGCCAGAAGUGGAAGGAGAGGAGGAUGGAAGAGCUACUGUAAACCAAGAUACAAGACUGGACAACAGAGUCAUUGAUCUGAGGACCUCCACUAGUCAGGCAAUCUUCUGCCUUCAGUCUGGUAUUUGUCAGCUUUUCCGAGAAACACUUAUUCACAAGGGAUUUGUGGAAAUUCAGACUCCCAAAAUCAUUUCAGCUGCCAGUGAAGGAGGAGCCAAUGUGUUUACUGUAUCAUACUUCAAAAGCAGUGCCUACCUGGCUCAGUCCCCACAGCUGUACAAGCAGAUGUGUAUAUGUGCUGACUUUGAAAAGGUUUUUUGCGUUGGGCCAGUAUUUAGAGCUGAGGACUCCAAUACACACAGACACCUGACUGAGUUUGUUGGUCUGGAUAUUGAAAUGGCUUUUAACUAUCACUAUCAUGAAGUGGUAGAUGAGAUUGCAGAUACCUUGGUGCAGAUAUUCAAGGGACUUCAGGAAAGAUUCCAAACUGAAAUUCAGACAGUGAACAAACAGUUCCCGUGUGAGCCAUUUAAGUUUUUGGAGCCAACUCUGAGGCUGGAAUACCGUGAAGCUGUGGCCAUGCUUAGAGAGGCUGGUGUUGAAAUGGGUGAUGAAGAAGAUCUGAGCACACCUAAUGAAAAGCUUCUGGGACGCCUGGUAAAGGAAAAGUAUGAUACGGACUUCUAUAUUCUUGACAAAUAUCCUCUUGCUGUGAGGCCUUUUUAUACAAUGCCAGACCCAGUAAACCCUAAAAACUCUAACUCUUACGAUAUGUUCAUGAGAGGGGAAGAGAUCUUGUCCGGAGCUCAGAGAAUUCACGAUCCUCAGCUGCUGACAGAAAGAGCCCAGCAUCAUGGCAUCGAUUUAGAGAAAAUAAAGGCUUACAUCGAUUCCUUUCGUUUUGGUGCACCUCCACAUGCAGGUGGUGGAAUAGGGCUGGAAAGAGUAACCAUGCUGUACCUAGGGCUGCAUAAUGUUCGUCAGACCUCCAUGUUCCCACGGGAUCCCAAACGACUGACACCCUAACAUGAACUGCUUUUGAAAGUUUGAGAUGAUUUGCCCUGCAAAUAUGAUACAAUUGCAAGCAUAUCCCCUGCUACUGUUGAACGUCUAUUGAUUUGAGUAUUAUAAUAUACAAUUAAAAAAAAAAGAACAUCUCGUUUACUAAAGUGCCACAAUAUUUUUUUUUAUCCUUAGCUGUUUAUUUAAAAGAAAAUAUUUUCACAGAUCAAGACUCUUUGUAUUGGCAACUGUGCACAUUUUUAAUGAAAAUGUGAUACUUUGAGUUAGUAUUCUUAGUGUCACAGUAAACUGAAUCAUGUUUCUAAACAUUUUAAUAAAUUAUGCAAUAAAAAUUCUGCAUUUUUAACUUAUGUCAGCAAGGUUGAAUAUUCUGAAUUACAGAAUUGGCUCAAAGCUAAAAUAACUGGAUGCUUGCAAUUUGAAAAUCAGGAGGAAACCAGCCAAUUGUUAAUUUACAUGAGUGUCAGGUAGAGAAGCAGGUGAGAAGAAGAGUCUUCUUAACAAAAAGGCUUCAUAUGAAAUUGUGAAAAUAGAUUGCAAUAAAUCUCUCAAAG